AUGGACAGAUGUAAAGAAAACUGCAUCUCAGGGCCUAAGACUGCAGUCCCACUGAGUGAUGGCCCAAAACGUGUUCCAGUGGCUCAGCAGCUUCCCUCUCAGAAUCCGGCGUCUGCAAACAGCGGCCAGGCUCAGCGUGUCCUGUGUCCCGCAAAUUCCUCACAGCGUGUUCCUUCACAAGCACAGAAGCUCGUCUCCAUCCAGAAACCAGUACAGACCCUGAAGCAGAAGCCCCCGCAGGCAGCCAGCGCCCCUCGUCCUGUCUCCAGGCUGCCAAGUAACACCCAGAAGAGCAAACAACCCCAGCCACCAGCACCUGGAAAUAAUCCUGAGAAGGAAGUGGCAUCAAAACAAAAAAAUGAAGAAUCAAAAAAAAGGCAGUGGGCUUUGGAAGAUUUUGAAAUUGGUCGCCCACUGGGUAAAGGAAAGUUUGGUAAUGUUUAUUUGGCGAGAGAAAAACAAAGCAAGUUUAUUCUGGCUCUUAAAGUAUUAUUCAAAGCUCAGCUGGAGAAGGCAGGCGUUGAGCAUCAGCUGAGAAGAGAAGUAGAAAUACAGUCGCAUCUCAGGCAUCCAAAUAUUCUCAGACUGUAUGGUUAUUUCCAUGAUGCUACCAGAGUCUACUUAAUUUUAGAAUAUGCACCCCUCGGAGCUGUCUAUAGAGAACUUCAGAAACUGUCAAAGUUUGAUGAGCAGAGAACUGCCACGUAUAUCACAGAAUUGGCAAAUGCCUUGUCUUACUGUCAUUCAAAGAGAGUUAUUCACAGAGACAUUAAGCCAGAGAACCUGCUCCUUGGAUCAGCUGGAGAGCUUAAGAUCGCAGAUUUUGGGUGGUCGGUACAUGCCCCAUCCUCCAGGAGGACCACUCUCUGCGGCACGCUGGACUACCUGCCCCCUGAGAUGAUUGAGGGCCGGAUGCACGAUGAGAAAGUGGACCUCUGGAGCCUUGGGGUGCUUUGCUAUGAGUUCCUCGUCGGCAAGCCUCCUUUUGAGGCAGACACAUACCAGGAGACCUACAGAAGAAUAUCACGGGUGGAAUUCACAUUCCCUGACUGCGUGCCCGAGGGAGCCAGGGACCUCAUUUCAAGACUGUUGAAGCACAAUCCCAGCCAGAGGCCCACCCUCAAAGAAGUACUUGAACACCCCUGGAUCACAGCCAACUCAAAACCAUCAAGUUGUCAGAAAAAAGAAUCAACUAGCAAACAAUCUUAA